AGGAAAUGGAAAAUAGAAGUGCCUGAAGAUUUUAUUCAUUGCUUUUAGUUAUGACGCAAAAAGAGUGUAAAAAAGAAAUUAAAGCUUUAGAUGAAAGAUUUAGAAGAGUUUUUAACCCAUUAACAAACCGGAAAGAAGAAAUUCCUGAGCUGGAUCCACAAUGGAAAGAAAACAUCAAUUUUCUUAGUUAUUUAUCAAUUCCAAUCAUCAUUGAUCCUGAAACUUGGCAWCCAUUGGUUAAAAACCAAGCAUGCCUUGAAGAAUGGAAAGAAAGAGCAACAUUCAUUGACCAGGAUAUAAGUUAUCUUCUUUGUYUUCCACACAGUCAGUUCUGGUGUCAGGUUAUCUUUGAUGAAUCACUUCACAUUUGCAUAGAUACCUAYCUUAAACAGUCUCCAAGACMAUUUGAUUUAUUGAGUUUGACUCUUCCUGAGGAAUUAUCAAGUUUACAACAGAGUUUAUACAAGAGAAUCUUCAUGGUUUUACUAAGAAUGUCUACUCAUAAAGAAUCNNAGGAGUCUUUCUUCACACCUGAGAUAUUUGGUGAAGUUCUGUACAAUAACUAUUUGUUUGAUAUCCCAAAACUGAUGGACAUUUGUGCUAUUUAUGGCGGAGCAAACAGCGAAAACCUCCCAUUGCUGAGAAAAAUGAUUGACAACAUAUUUGACAAACAACCAAGAUAUUAUGAUGAUUUGAAUGAAACCAUUCCAUCCCUACUAGCAACUCUGGAUAAUACACUCACUAAAUGUGGAAUUAAAGAUCCUGAUAGCAACUCUCCUCAAAAACUCAAUAAUUCCAAAAAUACAGUGAAAGAACUUGAAUCAAGUGAAAUAUUUGACAUUAUUCUUUAUCUGUCUGAUAUUGGACAUACUAUUAAGAACUUUAUGGAAACCUUUCCAUCAUCCUGCCAACAUUUUCUUAGACAUGGAAUAGUUGGUAGGAUUGCAGCGUUCUUUGAAAUGAUAAUACCUUUCUUGGAGAGGGAAGUGAAAUAUCGAAGGCUGAAGACAUUGAGAGUUUAUCUACAACAUGUUGUGAUGACAUUGUGCAGUGUUUGCAGUGUUGUGAUCAAGACUUGUUGCCUGGAUCCCUUGAUACAGAGUUCACCAAAUUUAGAGGAUGUUCAAAGGCAUACUGAAGACUAUGUACAAGYGUUAACUUCAAUAUUGUCAGAAAAGAGGUUCGUUAGUUGUUAUGAUGCUCACUUCAGCAUAGAAAACGAUCUUAUCACAAUCCAGUCAUACCCAGGCUCCUCUCUUGAUGGUACUAGAGUCCAGUACAUCAUAGAUGCUAUCCAUAGUGCACAAAAUAGUUACCCACCAAAAAUAAGCUCAGCUAAACCUACAAAGGAUGAUGGGAAGACCGAAGUCAAUGGGAUAUUAGAGGAACCUGGUACUAGUGAUUUAACAUCGUGUGAUGCACAGGUAGAAGAAAGCAGUCUUGAGGCCCCAGCAGCCUCACUUCCGCGUCAUGACGUAGAUCCGGUUCAGUUGGAAUCCAUGGUAACUAGUGUCCGUGACUUGCUGCCCGACCUGGGGGAAGGGUUCGUCAUAAUGUGCUUAGAGCAAUACAACUACGACAUUGAAACUGUCAUCAACUCGUUGCUAGAAAACAAACUGGCGAACUCUUUAAAUAAACUCGAUCGAAAUAUGACUAAAGCACAGGCUAUCAGCUCUAGAAACGAAGCCAAAACUCUAAUUUCAACGAGACAUUCAGUCUUUGAUAAGGACGAGUUUGAUGUUUUUACAAAAGGAACAAAAGUGGACCUCUCUAGGGUGCACAAGGGUAAAAAACGUGACGAUACAAGUCUGGGGUCGCUAUUGGCUGAUAAGGAUCAUGUGACAGAUGCUAUGAAAGACCGGUUUAACCGGUAUGACGUGUAUGGACAGUUGAAUAAACCUGAAAACUUUGAUGAGUAUGAUGAUGAGUACGACGACACUUACGAUUCGCUGGACGUCGGUGCACAGGAUGAUGACUCUGCAGACGAGCUAACUACAAGAAGGCCAUUUACCGUCCCUCGGAUACUCGGAAAAGCCAUCGAAGAGUCGUCCAGUGAAAGCGAUGAUGCAGGUACUGAAGAGAACGAACAGAACCCGAAUGAAGAGAAGCCGUCUGAAUCCCAGGYCAAAUGGCGCACCCCAGAUAAGAGGCCAGGUCAUAAAGGGUAUUACACCGAGGGCUACGCUAACAGGGGGCGUGGACAACAGCAGGGUAAAAGUGAACCCUCAACGGGACCCAAAGGAAAUAAAGCUAAAGGAAAAGGAAAAGCCCCUACAGAUCCCUCAACGUUAAAACAGCGAGCCAAUAAAGAACGACAUAAAAGUCAGAGAGCAAAUCAUAAUAGAAAAGCUGGYGCUGAAUGGAAGAGAAAUAAAGGGAUGGGUGCACUUCCUAAGCAAUGAAUGGAUGUGAAAUGAAAUGGAAAAGUGGAAAUAAUUGAAUGAAAAUGAAUAUAUAGUUAUCCUUGAUACUCGUUUGUUUUAGCUCGUUGGCAGUUCUACUGUAACUUACGUCGUUGUGGUUAUGAGACUUAAAAACACUGAAAAUAAGAUGUGUAAUGUGCAAUAGACAAAGCGCAUUGCAGAUUUAUAGAAAWUCCGACAAAUAAAAGUGAGAAAAUCACAACA